AUGCAGGAUGAUGAGGAGUUUGAAAUGUUGUUAGGUGAGAUCCCUCAUGCAACAUCACAUCAUCAACAUAAGAAACGUGAUGAUAAUCAUGUGAAUGAGUCAUUUAAUGGCAUGUAUGGCCUUAGGUACGAAGGAACGUCAAGUCGUUAUCAUAAGCAUACAUGUGUUUCCCCUGUAAGCGGUUUCUCUUUACACUCGGAUGGUUCUUCCUCGAGUCUGUUUUCUGAAAAAGGAUCACCUCCAUUACAAGACCUUAAGCCGCAGCACUUGCCCGCUGCACUGGUCAUGGAUUCGGCUGUCAGGGACAGAGCCAGUAGUACUAGUGAUGGCUUGAUUGGUGAAUUUGGUCUGUUUAGAAAUCGUAGUAAAAUGUAUAUUAGAAAUGAUCAAGAGAAGGUUGAUUCCAGUUUUAGAGAUUUUCCAUUCGAAUCCGAUGUGAUCCUACUCAAUAAUCCGAUCAAUGUUGAGAAGUACAGGGCCGGUGACGGAAUAAGGAAGGGGUUUCCUGGUUUUAUAGGAAUUCAGCCCACUGUUCCAAUGAGUGCUCCAUUGAAUUUCAAUGGUGGGAUGAAUAUGGCGUUUCCCCAUGAUGGUUUGAUUUCUGAUCAGGGAAUGGGUUGUUGGAGUGGUGCAAUGGGAUCUCCUUGGCAGAAAAAGGAACAUACAUGUAAUUAUCACCACCAGGAUGGAGAUUCUGUAUUGAACUUAAGGGCUUCUAUGAGUAAGCUUUCGGUGAACGAUGCUUUAGUCCAUGGAAAACGAAACGGUCUGAAUUGGAACGGAGGUCAUGCUUCUCCUAGGUUGAUUCAAGCAACCCCUCGUGCAAGUGUCGAAAAUCUGCUACAUCGUGGGCUGCCACAAGCCAAUGGGAUGGCUAGAGGACACUCAAAUGCUAGAAUCCCACUCGAAGGUCUCAAGGCUUUUACUAGAGAAGAUAGUUUCAUUAUUCAAGGGGAGAAUUUAAAUUAUAUGGUCCAUAAGGGAAUUGAUUGUCCAAGGGAGCAAAACAAGGGUUUUCUGCAGGAGAUCGGUGCGAGUGAGCGUCAAGAGAGAAGGUCACAACUGAAUGGUUGGUCUCAAAUGGAAGCAGCUCGUGGAAAUGUUGAGAAUUCUAAGUUAUAUAGCCAUUUCUCUUUGCCACCAAAGUGUAACUCUUUGGCAGAAGCUCAUGGAUACAUAUACUUAAUAGCAAAAGAUCAACAUGGCUGUCGGUUCUUACAGCGGGUAUUUGAUGAGGGUUCCCAACUGGAUGUGCGAAUAAUAUUUAAGGAGAUCAUUGAUCAUGUAGUUGAACUUAUGAUGAACCCUUUUGGGAACUAUCUCAUGCAGAAGUUAUUAGAAGUAUGUAAUGAAGAACAGAGAAUGCAGAUUUUAUUAAUGGUUACUGAAGAACCAGGGCAACUUGUCAAAUAUCUCUGA